AUGAGCAACCCAACAUACUACGCUCGACGAUACAGGACUCUCUUCAGUCCCAACGCUCUCAACUUUGCUCCGAGCCAACCUCGCCAGGCCAUUGCUGCCGUAUACUCGCCCGCCCCCACUGGCAUCCACUGCGGGCUGCCUAGAGGUAUAGCUGCACGAAGCAACCCGAGAGUUUUGCUAGCUCUUCUGGCGCCUGUAGCCAUAGCUACCGGUCUCGUCACAUUCCUCGAAGGUCAGCUCAAUAAAAGUGUAGCAACAGCACACCUCAACAGUGCGCCGGUAACACCCUCGGCAGAAGAAUUGAGGAGAAAACAACUGCUCGACGCCUAUGGCGACCGAGAGAGCUUGGAGAGGCUCGCAGAGGUGACGGCCAUCUACGAAGCCACUCGCUAA